CGACCGAGAGCAGAAAAGUGGAAGACCAUAGCAGAGCGGUUGUUUGCCGGGAUCGGACUCAGUCGGCCACGCUGUUGACGCUAGGACCUGUGCGCCAGGCGCGCGUGCGCAAGACGGAAGUUGCGGCGGGCGGCGCAUGGCAUUCUGAAGUACCUAUCUGCUGGGGUUUGGGACACUGUGCGGCUGGGGAGGUUCUGCCGCGCACCUCCCUGGGGGUUUGUGCUGCGGGGACUCGGUAGGGGAUGGUGGCUGCGAGGAGCGAGCGGGACCAUGUGUGCAGAGCGCAUGCGCCCGGCGCCAGAUGUGGUCAGUGUUGGAAAAGAUGCCAGCUCCAGCCACUACAUAUGAAAGAAUAGUUUACAAAAAUCCCUCUGAGCACCACUAUAUGAAAGUGUGUCUAGAAUUUCAAGACCAUGGGGUUGGACUUAAUGUUGCACAGUUCAAACAGCUGCUUAUUUCAGCCUUGAAGGACCUGUUUGGGGAGGUUGAUGCAGCCUUACCCUUGGACAUCCUGACCUACGAAGAGAAGACCUUGUCAGCCAUCUUGAGGAUAUGUAGCAGUGGUCUUGUAAAAUUGUGGAGCUCUUUGACUCUGUUGGGAUCCUAUAAAGGCAAGAAAUGUGCUUUCAGAGUGAUUCAGGUUUCUCCAUUUCUUCUUGCCUUAUCUGGUAACAGUAGGGAGCUAGUGUUGGAUUGAAUAGUCUUCAAUGUCAGAAACAUUCCUC